CUUCGAUGAAACGAUCGUCGCCGUCGACGUCGUCCAUUACGAGUAUGAUGCGGAGUUCCUCGAAUCAGCUGACGGUGACCGAACAUCGAAACAGUCGGUCCGGUUUUCUCUACGUGUCACUGGAUCCUCGCUCUCAAGGGCGCCGCCAUUUGUGCGAUUGCAUAUGGCGAGAGGAUUAAGAAAAAAACAAGGGGCCCAAAGUCCAGUAAAUAUGAAAGGCCCAUCAGGAUCCAAAGGAAGAAUUCAAAACAUGUGUUACUACUACUCUCUCUCUGAUCAUCGCGCCAAACUCAAACGCAAAGAGGCAGUUACAAUUUCGAAUCUUCUGCUCCUCCUAGAUCGAUUUGCUUUUCCGAGAUGAAGAAGAACCGUGAAAUUGAACCAUCACUAGGUCUUCCGGCGCCGGAACAAGUAGCGCCACCGCAUGAAUCAUCGACCACCAGUCGCGCUUCGCUUCCCGGCACCACCGCUAGCUCUUCCCUUCUUGAGGAGCUGCUCAAUUCGCACUCUUGUUCCUUCUGUUCCGGGAUGGAGAAUCCUGAUUUUGAACCAUUAGUAAAUCUGCCGGUGCCGGAACAAGUAGCGCCACUGCCUAAUUCUUUGAUCACCAGUCACGCUUCGCUUCCCGGCACCACCGCGACUGCUCGCUCUUCCCUUCUUAAGGAGUUGCAGAACCUCUGGAUCGAUAUUGGUGAAAGUUACAAUGAGAGAGUUAAGAUGACGCUAGAACUUGAGCAGGAAUGUCUGGAUAUAUACACUAAGAAGGUUGAGGAAACUCGCAAGUACAGAGCUGAGUUACAGCGUUCCUUAGCUGAAGCCGAAGCUGAAGUUACUAGCCUCACAUCUGCACUUGGUGUACAAGUCUCGUUUUCAUGGAAAGCAGGCACUUUAAAACAUCGCAUCUCCACUAUAAAGCCUGUACUGGAAGAUCUUCGGAUGAAGAAAGAUCUAAUAUGGAAAGAAUUCUCUGGAAUACUGACUCAAAUAGCAGAGAUCUCUUCUCACAUAGCCGGAAAUGAUUAUCCUGGCAACUCUGGCGAAUUGACUCAAAUAAAUUUGGAUGGACUUAGAGCACAUCUGCAAUAUCUUCACAAUGAAAAGGCUGCUCGGCUGCAGAAAGUCAACUCUCAUCUCAGUGAUAUCCAUGAGUUGUCAGAGAUAAUGUCAUUUGAUUUCCCUGAGGCCUUGAUUAAAGUCCAUAAAAGCUUGACCGGGGUAUCAAAAAGCAUCUCUGAUGUUACUCUUGCUAGAUUGACAAAACUUGUAGAGUCUCAGAAGAAGGAGAAAUGUCGGAGGCUGCAUCAGUUACGGAAUUUGGUAAGAAACAUGCAUGAGCUGUGGGAACUAAUGAAAACCCCUGUGGAUGAGAGGAGAAGAUUUGACCGUUUGAGUAGUUUACUCUCUCAUGCAGCUGAUGAUGCCUUGGAAAAAGGGUGCCUCGGUCUGGACAUUGUUCGGGAGGCUAAAGAUGAAGUGGAAAGACUGAAUGCCCUGAAGAAAAGCAUGGCCAUAGACAGGACACGGGUGUCUGAUCCAGCAGAGCAGCUACAGCCGGGAAAGCAAGUGAUCUUGCAGGUGGAACAGCCAGUUAAUCCAGAUGCACAAGGAGAAGGCUGCGAAGGGAUAGAUGAGGCUAACGCGUAUGUGUUCCUGGGGCAGGCGCUCAGGCUGAUAGAAACUAUGAAGGAAAUAUUACCGAACGAUGGUAAAGAAAGGCCUCUAAAAGUUCUUGAAGACUUGGAGAAGCUCUUUGCAAGCUUCUCCACUCUCCCAGAAAUAGAGGAACGUAUGUCAGCCACUUACGGUGCAGCAGCUGGAGUUGCGGCAAAACAUUUCUUUGAGGGCGUUACAAAGUCUGCCGGUGGUCUAGAUGUUGGUGCUGAUGAGUAUAAGAGGUAUUCUCUCGAACGUUCUCGGCAAAGAAGAGAGUCAAGAGACAAGGAAGAAAAUGAACAGAGGAGAAGCGAGGAGGAAGAAAUUGGAAUAGUGGAAACUAGUCAUAGCUACAGCUAAUUUUCUACAAGAGGAAGGAAGAAAGUGAAGAGAGGAAAUUUGUUGAGAUGCAGGUAUAACAAUGAAGAGAGAUAUAUGAAGAGGAGUCAAGAUGGAGUUUGAUGGAAAACAAAAAGAAAGAAAUGAAAUUGCAAAGU